UCUUAGUUAUUAUGAAUCUUAUCUAUAUAAUUGUUGUGAUUAUGAUUUAAAAGUAACAACAAACAAAAUUUUUGAAAAUAAACAAACAUCAUAGGUUAUUUGACAUAUGCAAAACAAGAAUUGUCAGAACUCAGAUGUCACCAAGUAACGCCUUACGCCAGUUAUUUGAAGUCAUUUGUCUAAUGCCUUAAAACUUGAUACAUACACAAUUUAGAAUUCAUACUUUUUCUUCUAGAAAUAGUUUUUCGUGUAGUAAAGCAGUAAAUUAAUAUUUGUAAUCUGUAAUGGAAAACAUCAAACUACUAUUCUCAUAACAAUAUAUGUAAAAUCACUACCUAAUCAUUUAUAACGAAUUAAUAUUUACUGCUACAAACAUACAUAAGAUACAUAUUUAGUUUUAAUUAUUUUCCAAAUUUUGAUUUCGUUGAAAAUUGCACUAGAAUUACUUGAAUUACUAAACCCAUGUUGUCAAAACAAAAAUUUCAAUUGUCAAAGGUCAAGAAUUCAAGAUGACAUUACGUACCUACUAUUAGUAGAUAAUUAAUUAAGAGUUUUUUUAAUGAUUUCUUGCAUUUUUUUUAAUCAUUAUCAAAUAGUUAGUAAUUAUAUAUACGUUUUUUUUUUAAAUAAUGAGUAGUCAUUUUUAAGUUGAACUGAGUAAAUUGUUUCAAUAUAAGUAAUAUUAAUAUUAAAUUACUUAUAUUUUCAAAUCAAUUUAAAACGUUCAAUAUUCAAUACAUGUCACAGCCCACAGGAUGAAUCAAACUAUAUGCCGUUUGUGCUAUAUAAAUCCUGGAAUUACUUCCGUCUAUGACAACAGUUCUGGAGUUCAAAUAAGUGCAAAAAUUAUGUACUGUUGUAAGAAUAUACGAAUCUCUGAAGACGAAAACUUCCCCGUACAUAUUUGUAAGUUGUGUGAAAAUGAAUUGGAAUCUUCCUACUGUUUUAUACUUAAAUGUGAAGAAACAGAUAAGAAACUAAGAUCCAACAACACUAAAUGUUUAAAGAAUGAAAGCAAAGCCAAAAUAGAAAUAAAAGAGGAACUAGAGCAUUUUAUCUUACAGGAUGACAUUGAAGAUCCAUAUGAUACACCUAUUGAUAUAAAACAAGAAGAUGUUGAUUCAAAUUUAGAAACUAGAAAAAAAAGAAAUGGCUUAAAUAAAAGUUUUAAAAUAAGAAAGAAGAUUAAAGAUUCACAUCCAUGUACUUGCAGUGUCUGUGGCCGUCAGUGCCCAAACCCUUCAACACUUAUGAUACACAUGAGAUCUCAUACAAAUGAAAGGCCAUAUUCUUGCCCAUCCUGUGAUAAGAAAUACAAAGACAGUGGAAGUCUCAAAAGACAUGCAGAGAGAAAUCACUUAAAAGAAAAGAGAGAAAGGAAAUUUAUUUGUGAAAUUUGUGGGAAAGGUUUCUUUUCCAAAAACGAUAUCAAGAUUCAUAUGCGUGUUCAUACAGGUGAAACUCCAUAUGCUUGUGCAGUGUGUCCUGCAAGAUUCACGCAAAUAAAUGCUCUGCACCGACAUCAAGUUCGUCACACAGGGGAGAGGGCAUAUGCCUGUUCGACAUGCCAUAAAAAAUUUUGCACCAAAGAGGAAUUAAAAAAUCAUUAUGUUGCACACACAAGUACCAAGAAUUAUACAUGCCCAACAUGCAACACUCUCUUUAAAUAUAAAAAUAACCUCAGGAAGCACAUUAGAAUGCAUUCAGAGGUAAACAGGUUCAUAUGCAAUUACUGUGGACGGAGCUUUGCAAUGAAGGGCAAUCUAAAGCUACACAUUAAGAGACUUCAUUCAUCAAAAUCAGGAUACUGCAAUAUAUGCUUGAAAGAUGUACCAAAUAUUGAAAUGCACACAUGGAAACAUACAGGGGAACGUCCACUUAAGUGUGACCUGUGCACAAGUAGCUUUUCUGAACGAAAGGCUCUGGCGAGACAUAUAAAUUUCAGACAUAAAUACAUAGAUAAGUACAAAUGUACAAUCAACGGAUGCACAGUCAAAUUUCCAUCACAACAAAUGUUGGACUUCCAUGUUUUGAAGCUUCAUGGAAAUAUUGUACCUUUUCCUUGCGAUAAAUGUUCUAGAGGAUUCUACCGAAAGAGUGAUCUAGCUAGACAUAAGAUAGGAACCCAUAAGGAAAGGCUUACAGAUUGAUGUAAUAUUUUUAGGGAAGAAUUGGGCAAAUAAUAAAAGAUUACAUACUCCCAUCUAUAUAUUUAAUGUACUGGUGUUGUUACAGUACCUUUGUAUCACAGAAGAAUAAGUUAAAAAGCAAGAAAAAAGGCAACAGCAAGAGAAGUUACAAAUAAAUGGUAAUAAAAAUAAUUUACAAGAAAUAAAACAAUGUCUUCAGUGAA